AUGACUAGAUCCAAGGAACCAAGGGCUUUCGAUCCGUUCUCGAAGCGUGAGAAACGAACCAGGAGAGUGCUAUCGGUGCAAUCGCAUGUUAUACAUGGUUAUGUGGGAAAUAAAGCAGCGACUUUCCCGCUGCAAUACAGAGGCUGGGACGUAGACGGUCUCAACACAGUUCAGUUCUCAAACCACCCCGGCUAUGGCCGUUUCACUGGCUUCAGAUCCCAGCCCAACGAAAUCUACGAGAUUAUGCAGAAAGGCCUUCUCGAGGGCCUGCAGAUGGAAUAUGACGCCAUCCUGACGGGCUAUUUACCGAGCGUCGAAAGCCUGCAGAUCACAGCGAAGGUAGUGGGCGCUCUAUGCCGCAGGGAGCCCCACAUCAACUGGAUUUUGGACCCUGUACUGGGCGACAACGGCAAACUGUACGUUGCAGAAGAGAAUGUGCCCGCCUACAAGCAAAUUCUGCGGGAGAACGACGUAUAUGUUGUUACGCCAAACCAGUUCGAGAUGGAGACCCUAUCGGGCGUGAAAAUCGACUCUCUGCAGUCUCUCCGGCUCAGCUUUGAGCUAUUUCAUGAGGCAUACCCACGAGUCGAGAAGAUCGUCGUGACAAGCCUCGAAUUCCCUUCCAGCGCCGACAUCGGCGAGCAGUACAUCUACUGCGCUUGUUUCGACACGCAUCCGGCGUCCAAUGCGAUGAGCUACUUCAAAAUCCAUAAACUAGAUGCCCAGUUUAGCGGAAGCGGUGACCUCUUCAAUGCGCUACUGCUCGAUUGCAUAGUCCCGGCCCAGAAGGAGGACGCUGCUGCGCUCCCCACCGUGCUACGUAAGGUCCUGUUGCUGGUCGACAAGAUUUUACGUCGCACUCUUGAGCUAUCGGUCGCUGAGGAUGCCCCCAGCCAGCAGUCUAGGGUCAUCAAGGAUCUGAAGUUGAUUCAAUGUGCAGAAUUACUGCAUCCAGACCGCCGUUUCGAGGACUUCGAAGCCGCAGCAAGGAUUACUGAAAGUAUACUAGAUUGA